AUUAAACACAUAAUGACAAGCUGGCUAGUGACAUUCUGCCAGAUGCUUUUGGUAUGCUAGUGUGUGGAAAUUCUGAGUAUUUGACAAUAAACAGAGAACAAUUAGAUUGCUGACCUUCCACAUCUUCUUGAAUUUUUGGGGUUCUAUAAGUAUAUGCGAAAGAGCACACAGAAACUUUAAAGCAAAACCCAAUCUCUCUCUCUCAAUCUCUCCCUUUCUUUAACACACUUUUCUUCAUCAAGUUUAAGCAUGGAUUCCACUAUUAGUGUGCCUAGAUGGUCGCCAAAUCCGAGCCCAAGUAGACCACUUACCCAAAACAAGCCUGCAACAAGACCAAAAGAUCUCGACGAAUUAGAAGGGCAAAACAUAGCUUCUGAUGAGGAAGAUGAGAAGUCAUCCAUUAGUAUGAACACACUUUUCCCAUUUAGUUCCUCUGGCUUUGCUUGUGAUGACCGUCCACCGUCUCUAAGGAGUAUGGAGAUGGAACCAGCAGGUGGAGACAAUAAGCAGUGCAAAGAUGAAGGCUUGACAUCAAAAGGGAAUAGCAAUGGAAUUUUCCUGACAUGGAAAGAUUUGUGGGUUACGGUGCCUGAUGGGAGAAAUGGCCGCAGGCCGAUCUUGCAAGGGCUAACUGGAUAUGCUGAGCCGGGGAUGGUGCUUGCUAUCAUGGGUCCUUCUGGCUGUGGCAAGUCAACACUGCUAGAUGCAUUGGCAGGAAGAUUAAGCUCGAACACACAGCAAGCUGGGGAAAUCCUGAUCAAUGGUCGGAAGGAAACACUUGCAUUCGGAACAUCGGCCUACGUGACUCAAGAUGACACUCUAAUGACAACAUUAACUGUGGUAGAAGCUGUAUACUACUCGGCGCAGCUUCAGCUUCCAGACUCCAUGUCAAGAUCUGAAAAGAAGGAAAGAGCAGAGGAGACAAUAAGGGAGAUGGGUUUGCAAGAUUCUGUUAAUACCAGGAUUGGGGGGUGGAGUACAAAAGGACUUAGUGGUGGACAAAAAAGAAGAGUUAGCAUUUGCAUUGAGAUCUUGACUAGACCCAAACUUUUGUUUCUUGAUGAGCCUACUAGUGGACUGGAUAGUGCAGCAUCUUAUCAUGUCAUGAACCGCAUUGUUAAGUUGGCUAAGCAAGAUCAAAGGACUGUUGUCGCAUCAAUUCAUCAACCUAGCAGUGAGGUUUUUGAGCUGUUUCAGAAUCUUUGCCUACUCUCUUCUGGCAGGACUGUAUAUUUUGGUCCUGUUUCAAAGGCAGAACAGUUUUUUUCCUCCAAUGGCUUCCCUUGCCCUACUCUCAGGAAUCCAUCUGAUCACUAUCUUAGGACCAUAAACAAGGACUUUGAUGUGGACAUUGAACAAGGGCUUGGUGGUUGCACAACAGAGGAAGCUAUAAAUAUUCUCGUCAAGUCUUACCAAUCAUCAGAGAUUUCCCAGCAUGUUCAGAAGCAAGUAGCUGAUAUAAUACAUGAAAAGAAAGGAGGAAGUCUAGAGAAGAGAGGAAGCCAAGCAAGCUUCAUAACCCAGUGCGUUGUUCUUACCAAGAGAUCCUUUGUGAACAUGUACCGUGACCUAGGCUAUUACUGGCUUCGCCUUGCAAUCUACAUUGCGUUGUGUUUAUGUGUAGGGACUAUCUUUCAUGACAUUGGCUUCACCUUUGGAUCAAUUCAGGCCAGAGGCUCAAUGCUCAUGUUCGUUGCUGCAUUCUUGACUUUCAUGGCAAUUGGAGGGUUCCCUUCUUUUGUUGAAGACAUGAAGAUAUUCGGAGGAGAAAGGUUAAAUGGGCACUAUGGGGUUGGAGCGUUCGUUGUUGGAAACACAUUCUCUUCCAUUCCAUACCUGUUGAUGGUCUCAUUAAUCCCUGGAGCAAUAGCAUACUAUCUUGUUGGCCUUCAGAAGGGCUUUGAACACUUUGUCUACUUUGCGCUCGUACUCUUUGUGACCAUGAUGUUGGUUGAAAGUCUGAUGAUGAUCGUUGCGAGUCUCGUACCAGAUUUCCUGAUGGGCAUUAUUACAGGUGCUGGAAUUCAAGGAGUGAUGAUGUUAAAUGGAGGAUUUUUUCGGUUACCUGACGAUCUUCCAGACCCAUUUUGGAGGUAUCCAAUGUACUAUAUUGCAUUCCAUAAGUAUGCAAAUCAAGGAUUCUACAAGAAUGAAUUCGAAGGAUUGACAUUCCCUAAUAAUCAAGCAGGAGGACCACCUACGAUUACUGGUGAAGAAAUUUUGACAGGGUUUUGGCAAGUUGAGAUGGGUUACUCUAAAUGGGUUGAUCUUGCUGUCUUGUUCGGCAUGGUGGUUCUCUAUCGCCUCAUGUUUUUGGGUAUCAUAAAAGUUGUUGAGAAGGUUAAGCCUAUCAUCAAAAGUCGUCCUGGCUGUUUCUCCUUCACAUGAGGGAAAUAUAAUAGGUUUUCUUACCCAAGGAAAAUUCAGAACUUCAGAGUUAAUUAGGAAAUUCUCCGAUUUUCCCUUUCUGGUGCACCCAAAUCUUUGGUGAUACAUAUUGUAACUAAAAGAAAAUAAAACAGCGACAUAUAAUUUAGUUGGUACGUAUUAUUUUAGCAAAUGUUGGAGUGCCAUAACAGCAAAAAUUGUUGUUGUCUAUGGUGUAUUUCAAGCUUUUGAUAGUAUAAAACUUGUUUACAAACACAAUGAACGCAUAUAAUUGUUUCUUA